GCGGCAUGGCGAGCACGGCCUCGGAGAUCAUCGCCUUCCUGGUCUCCAUCUCAGGCUGGGUGCUGGUGUCCUCCACGCUGCCCACCGACUACUGGAAGGUGUCCACCAUCGACGGCACGGUCAUCACCACCGCCACCUAUUGGGCCAACCUGUGGAAGACGUGCGUUACUGACUCCACGGGCGUCUCCAACUGCAAGGACUUCCCCUCCAUGCUGGCGCUGGACGGUUAUAUCCAGGCAUGUAGAGGACUUAUGAUUGCUGCUGUCAGCCUGGGCUUUUUUGGUUCCAUAUUUGCCCUCGUUGGAAUGAAGUGUACCAAAGUCGGAGGCUCAGAUAAAGCCAAAGCGAAAAUUGCUUGUUUGGCGGGGAUUGUAUUCAUACUGUCAGGGCUGUGCUCAAUGACAGGUUGUUCUCUGUAUGCAAACAAAAUCACAACAGAAUUCUUUGAUCCUCUCUUUGUUGAACAAAAGUAUGAAUUAGGAGCUGCUCUGUUUAUUGGAUGGGCAGGAGCCUCACUCUGCAUAAUUGGUGGUGUCAUAUUUUGCUUUUCAAUAUCUGACAACAACAAAACACCCAGAAUGGGAUACUCAUACAACGGGGCCACAUCUGUCAUGUCUUCUCGGAUAAAGUAUCAUGGCGGAGAAGGAGAUUUUAAAACCACAAACCCUUCAAAACAGUUUGAUAAAAAUGCUUACGUCUGAAAAGAGCACCUGUGCAAGCUGUGUCUCAAGUUUGUUAGAAAAGUGAACUGUUCACAAAAUGAUCCCAUCAAGGCCCUCCAAUAAUUAACACUCGAACUGUUUUUAAAAUAUGAAUUUGAAGAAUUUGUUGAUUAUAUGGAUGUAAAUGUUCUUAUAUGGUUAUAUACUAAUCAUUUCCCUGGCUUUCUAUAAAAAAAUAAACAUGUUAUUU